GACGACGAUGAACAACAUGAAGCAGAUGAUAUGGCGGAUUUGAAACGAAGGAUUGAAGCUAUGGAACCUGGUUCCGAAGAGCGCAAAAUGGGUGUCAGAGAGUGGCGGAGACUGAAGCGAAUUCCGCAAGGGAGUGUAGAAAACGGAGUGAUCAGGUCAUAUCUUGAAUGGCUUACCUCUAUUCCCUGGCCUAAUUCCACGCGUUUGAAAACGAGGCCUUUCCUUGCCGCUGCUCGUGCUCAGCUUGAUGCGGACCACUUUGGCUUGGAAAAAAUCAAGAAGCGUUUGAUUGAAUACUUAGCGGUGCCUAGCCGGAAUGGCAAGAAAGGCGUCAAGGGGCCCAUCCUCCUGUUCGUCGGGCCUCCUGGUACGGGUAAAACAUCUCUUGGACAAUCUGUCGCGAAAGCUUUAGAUCGACCAUUCCAGCGGAUUUCGCUGGGUGGCGUGCGAGACGAGGCGGAAAUUAGAGGACAUCGACGGACGUAUGUAGCCAGCGGCCCUGGCCUCAUUGUACAAGCUCUGAGGAAAGCAGGGAGAGGGGAUGUGGUGAUGCUUUUGGAUGAGAUUGACAAGAUUGGACAGAGCAAUUUCCAUGGUGAUCCUGCCGCAGCAUUGCUUGAGGUAUUGGAUCCUGAGCAGAAUCAUACCUUCAAUGAUCACUAUAUCAACGUCCCCAUUGAUUUGAGUCAAGUUCUGUUCAUAUGUACGGCCAACACGCUCGAGAGCAUCUCAACCCCUCUCUUGGAUCGAUGUGAAAUCAUCCAACUCAGUGGUUACACAUACGACGAGAAGAUGCACAUUGCUCGUCGAUUCUUGCUCCCUAAACAGCUACAAGCGAACGGUCUUGACGCGUCACAGAUCAAUAUCACUGAGCCAGCUCUGCUUCACAUCACCACGAGGUAUACACGCGAAGCCGGUGUGCGAAGUCUCGAGCGCGCCAUUGGUGGUGUGGUACGAUACAAGGCUGUUGAAUGGGCCGAGUCCCUCGAUGGCACAGCUCAAACUCAACAGCAGGAGGGGACAAGCUCACGCACGUCAGUUUCGCAGCUGAAGGAGUAUAAAUCUCUUGUCGAAGAGCAUGAUUUGGAGAAGAUUCUUGGCAUUGCGAGAUGGGAUGGGGAAGAGAGGGAGAGGGAGGAGAGGAGGGGUGUUGUUUAUGGACUUGUGGUCAUGGGACAGGGCGAAGGUGGGAUUUUACCUGUGGAAACGAUUGCUGUUCCUGGUUCUGGAAAGUUGAAACUCACUGGGAGUUUGGGUGAUGUCAUCAAAGAAAGUGGGGAACUGGCGUUGAGUUGGGUGAAGAGGCACGCCUAUGACUUGUGCAUCACCAAUUCGCGGACGGAAGACCCUUUGAAGUUCCCUGAUCCCAUUGAUAUACAUUUACACCUUCCUGCGGGUGCGCAGAAGAAGGAUGGACCGAGUGCCGGCGUUGCCAUGACGUGUGCAUUUGUGUCGUUGUUGACUGGCACAUGCGUUCCGGCCAACAUCGCAAUGACUGGCGAGAUCACAUUGCGUGGCCGAGUCACCCCCGUAGGCGGGAUCAAAGAGAAAGUUCUUGGUGCCCACCGAGCGCAGGUGACGAAAGUCAUCCUACCUUGGGCGAACCGCAAGGACGUGGAACACGACGUUUCGCCUGAGAUUCGAAAUGAGAUGGAGUUUGUCUUUGUGCGCACUGUUCGGGAGGCGCUGGAGGCUGCGUUUGGUCGGGGCACGCUUGGGUGGAGGGGGGAGUCGCUGCUUUUGGAGAGUAGGCUUUAGUGACGCUCCUCUCCUGGGCUUAGGACUGAAUGAAGGCAGACUGCAGAUUACGUGUAUACCUCAACUUGAUAAAAUUGUACAUACCUUAAUGUAAAUGACCAGUGCUUGGAUGAUCGAUG